AGCAGCUAUCAAGAAUUGUAUCGUGAGCCGAAUACCGAAUUCGUGAACACCGAAACCAUACCCAAAGACUUCGCAUAUUUUUAUAGAUAAAACCCUCAUUAUUAAGCGCUGUUACAAUCUACUAGAAACCUUGCAAGUCUGCAAUCGACGAAGAGCUUUAGACACCAUGUCUGAUUUCGAGGAUGAGAUGGACGUUGAUGUCCCUACAUCUAAUGACAUAAAAUUCUCUUCCGAUAACACGGCUAAGGGAAAGCGUAGUGCUGCAAAUCUACCUGUCGAAGCCGAAGACUCGUUACCAUGGGUUGAGAAAUACCGACCUGUGUCGCUGUCCGACGUUUCGGGUCAUCAAGAUAUCCUAGCUACAAUCAAUAAGUUCGUCGAUACGAAUCGCCUACCUCAUCUCCUUCUUUACGGCCCACCAGGAACAGGUAAAACAUCUACCAUCCUGGCAUUGGCUAGACGAAUCUAUGGAACCGAUAAUAUGCGCCAGAUGGUCUUGGAACUCAAUGCUUCAGAUGACCGAGGUAUCGAUGUUGUGAGAGAACAGAUCAAGACAUUUGCGUCGACAAAACAGAUCUUUACGAUGGGCGGUUCAUCACGUCCGGGUGGCAUGGCAAGCUAUAAGUUGAUCAUACUGGACGAAGCCGAUGCGAUGACCAAUACCGCCCAAAUGGCCUUGCGAAGAAUUAUGGAGAAGUACACUGCGAACACCCGAUUCUGCAUUAUUGCCAACUAUACACACAAACUAUCACCUGCUCUACUAUCCCGAUGUACGCGCUUUAGAUUUAGUCCGUUGAAGGAGAAUGAUAUUCGAGUUUUGGUGGACAAGGUCAUUCUCGAAGAGAGUGUCAAAAUAUCAGGCGAAGCUACAAGUGCUCUGGUCAAGCUAAGCAAAGGCGACAUGCGACGAGCUCUGAACGUACUUCAGGCUUGUCAUGCAUCUAACACCCCGAUACAACCUAAAGAUGCACCGAAAAUACCAGAGAAGGAUAUUGUCAGGGAAAACAUCACGACAGAAACCAUCUACAACUGUAUAGCGGCCCCACCCCCGGAAGCGAUCCAGAAGAUCGCGAGCACGUUGCUUUCGACCAGCGAUGUAACGACAUGUCUCUCGACCAUCAAUACACUGAAAGUGGCGAACGGCCUUGCGUUGGCAGACAUAAUAACUGCCCUAUCGGAACAACUAUCGAGGAUGGAGGUUAAACCUGAAACUAUGAUCCGAUGGCUGGACGGUCUGGCAGAGAUAGAGUAUAGAGUUUCUGCUGGUGGAAGCGAGGCGAUUCAGACCGGUGCUGUGGUCGGCGUAGUACGGGAAGGAUGUGAGCUUAUGGGAUAGGGACUAGACCUGCUUACGACUCCUAAUAUACCAAGCUGAUGAGAUGACCAUUAUCUACAGAGUCUGAUGAUUCUAAUAUGUGACAAAAUGUGUUGCUUUGGUACAAUAUGUACGAUUACAGAAUAUCAAU